CAUUUUCAGAACAAAAAAAAUCAUUUUAUAGGUGCUGCCUGAUUGCUUCAUUCUCCCUCCUUAAACCUCAUUAGUUUUUGCUCUUUCAAAAAGAAACAUUUCGUUUCCAAUGGCUCUGCGUGGAGAUGAGCCUGAGUUUAUGAACCUAAGAGAAUGGGAUCGAAGAGCUCGAUUAAUCCGAGACAAACAGACUUCUAGAAGGUUUUCUGCUUCAUACGUUGGAAGCUUCCGCGAAGAUCAUCACAAGUCUUCUUCUACUAGAACAAACUUUAACAGCAUCUCUAGUACUGCCUCAUCUCCUGGCUACACCCUCAAAGAAGAGAUUGAUCCAUCAACAUAUUCCUUCACCAAUGCACUCAAGGCGUUACAAGCAAAGGCAAUGUUCAAUAACAGAGAAUGGUUAACACAAGAAGGGUUUGCGUUAAAUUCAAAGUGGAACGAAGCAGAGAAAUAUAUCUGCAAUCCAUUGUCUGGAGAAGUUCCAAUGGAGUGUUUAUCUUCUAGAACAUUAAGUUCAAGAUCUUUCAGAAACUUGGCCACCACUAUGUCUGCUCCUCUUCACUACCCUAAUCCCAAUCCAUUGACAAAUAUUGGUCAAAACAAACCCAAUAAUGAUGCUAACGUUAGAGUCAUUCACGAGGAUCUUUAUGUUCCUGAUCCUGUUCUUGUUCGAGCAGAAAAGAAAGUUAUGGGACUGAAACGAGACGUGGGUAUACAGAGUACGUCGGUGGAGCUUAGCUCCGGUAGCCCUAGUCCGGCAAAGACGCCCCCGAUCAUGGAACGGUCUCUGAAACGACACGUGGAAGCUAAUGAUUCACCAGUAGAUUUCAAUCUUAAAUUGGAAGGUCAACAAGAGGAUUUGAAGUUGGAAGAGAAAAAAGAAGAGAAGCAAGACAAGAGUAAAGAAGAAGGAGAAGAAGAAGAGAAACAAGAGAUGAGUAAAGAAGUAGAAGAAGAGAAUCAAGAGAUGAGUGAAGAUCAAGAAAUGAAGAAGAACAAGAAGAGAGGAAGUGGAUGCUUCUCAUGGGUGAGAUCAAGACAAAGACAAGCAAGAAAAUCAAAGUACAUCUUCCCCAUUUGUGUUCCUCAUCUUGUCAAAGGUUGUUGAAAAACCUCAAAACCAAAAAUAAACACGAGAUUCAAUAAAACAACAAGAAGUAACUAAAAUUGUCUGCAAUAUUGUCCCUUUUCUUA